CAGGCAACAGUAGUAGUCCCAUACACCGACGGGCAGGAGCGAGGAUGAAGUCAGGAGCUAUUGCACCUCUUGCGUUCUUCUGCGCUGUGCUGCUGGUACCGAAAGUCACUGCCUACAUCCUGACAUCAACAUCAACAUCGAUAUCAGCGUUGGUUGCGCCGCCUCAUCGAUGUAGCACGCGAUGUCGGGCCCGGUCUUCGUCCACGAUCGGGGGCAGUACUGCUUCGGACUCUGUCGGAGGUGCCGGUAUCGAGCCUGCCGACGCAGCGAAACCUCCACUGAAGGUAAUCCGAGGUCGCGCAGGGCCUACAGCCGCGACGCCCACGUACGACGACACUCGACCGUUAGAUCGGAUACUGCUGGGCCUGUUUCGGUCAAAGCUGGCGGAAGAGGUCGGGGAGGAUGGCGAUGCCUUCGAGCCUGGCUACGACGGUCUGAUGGACAUGAUCAAGGUGUUGAACGAGAAGUUCCCUUCCAAGCGGAAGACGCAGGAGGCGUCCAGGCGAGUAUUGAAGUCCCUCUUCCCUGCUUGGCUGCCGGCGAGCUUCGCGGUGAUGUUCUCGAAACCGUUCCCGGCUUUCUCUUCGCGCUUGAACGCCUGGGUGACCCUCGUCGCGUCUCAGUGGCUCAUGGGGCCGUCGAAGCUCAACGAUGUCGAGGUGCCGACGGAGGAGUUCUUCGCCAAGGACAUGGGAUUGGCACUGGAGAUGACGCCGAAUUACGAGGAUUUCAGUUGCCAGGCCAAGAGGUUCCGUAUCACAAGAGACCGAGCAGCUGCAUUGGAAGGAGAAGGUCGGGCGUACAUCGUUGGUGCCGUGGUGGGGCAGAGGUCAAACGCGGUUGUGGUUGCGGAGAAGCAGACACGGCUCCGCAGCUUGGGCAGUGCAAUGGCGGAUCCUUGCUUGAGUUACUUGGUCUUGCUUAAGAGUUACUUGGUGCGUAGUUUACGCAUGUGGGGAGACAGAAUCAUGCGAGCUCCCAUAGCGGUCCUGGCGGUGAUUCUGGCUGCUCGGCCUUGUAUUGCUGCCGUCUACGACCGUGCCAUCACAGUUUUCUCCCCUGAUGGCAAACUGAUGCAGGUGUCCUACGCGGAAGAAGCGGUGAAGCGAGGAAGCCUUGCGGUUGCCGCAUGCAACGGCCGCGACGCCAUCGCAAUGUGCCUCGAGCGCCCCGAAGCCGACGGCGAUGUCACAGACCCGGAUGCAACACCGUCACGACCAUCCGAGACAACGGUUGCAACCUCAGUCAUCACCGACGCCGGCGCCGGCGCCGCCGGAGACACGGCAGGAGCGGGCGAUGCACAUGUCUACAGCAGGCGGCGGAGUAGACGUAAACGUCGCGAGGGAGGCGUGCGUGAUCCAGGGGUCGGAGUGGGUAUCGUGGACAGCGCUAACAACCAGGAUCGAAAGCUGUGUGAGAUCGAUGAAGGAGUCUACCUCGCGUUCGCGGGCAUUUCGGCGGACGGUCGCGUCUUGGCGUCCAAGAUAAGGCUGGAGUGUCAGAGUUUCCGGUACAGCAUGGGAGCCGCUCCGAGCGUCGGGUACAUCGCCAGAUAUGUCGGAGGACUGCAGCACCGCUACACCCGCACCGGCGGCGCGCGUCCCUACGGCGUCGCUUGCCUUGUCGCCGGAUUCGACGAGGACACGCUGCUCCCCAGCGUCUUCCGGUCGGAGCCGUCGGGGGCAUACGCGGAGUGGGCCGCUUCCGCGGUAGGGAAGGCUUCGGACAAGGCCUUGGACAAGCUUGAAUCGGUCCCGGACCUCGGCGCUCUGGAUUGGCGAGGCACCGCGGAGGCCGCCGUAAGGGCAGCCCUCGCAGGGGGAGCCAAAGAGUGCGACGUCUUGGUGUUGCGCCGCGUGGCUGAUGAUGACGACGUACACGCUGCUGCUGAAGCAGUGGCAACAGAGCCACCAGAAUCAGAGUCUACGGCAGCGGGGGGUGGGGAGGUUAGAUGGUUGAAAGCGGGGUGGAGCGAUAGGGGAGGGGGGGCGUGGUCGAAGAGGUUCUUUGGAUCUAUCGGGGGUGACGGGGCGGUAUUGCUGGAGGAGGGGGGGUCGAGAUGGGAGCGGGUGAGAAGAUGACAGACGUGGAGGCUAUGUUCGUGGAUCGUGACGACCCCAAGACGGUGCCGAUGGUUGGUUUCGAAUAGCCUUCCAUGUGAAGUAAUCACUCAGGGGGCUCAGCGGAUGAGCAACAGGCUAGAGGUGCGGGGGCUGGUAUUUCAUGGCCUUGAAGUAGAGCGACGCCGAGAUGUAAUGUUUUGAGAAUUUGUUCGAUGCUCAUGUCAUACUAAAGCCGGUCGCUUCUCAGUACCUUCGAAUGUUUGUACCGGUCCAACUGACGCGAAGACCUUGGGGAAAAUUAUUUGCCCGUGUGAGGUGUGUGUUGCAUGAAAUCGGAACGAUUGUUGUUGCGAAAAAAGUGUUUCGCUCGCUAAGCUGACCCGAGAACAGGAGAUGGCGAUAUGUUCUGGCUUGGCCCACCUGGCCCUGACGUAGCCGUACUUUCGACGGAGUUGGAAGGAGAGGUUUAGGGAGGGAGACACAUCUCUUAGACAC